AGGAGGAGGAGGAAGAGGAGGGUGACCAGGAGGAGGAAGAAAGAAUGUAGCUAAAGAGGAAAGUUUGAUUCUCGUGUCUCUCUCCGUGGUGCUGAAAUUCUGUUGCCAGCUCUUUUAUGAACUUUAAUCAAAAACUUUUUUCCUUGAAAUAAUCCUCCAGCUGUGUGUAUUUUAUGUCAGCACACUAUAGAGUCCGCUCCUGGAUGUCAGUCACUAACUCCUGACAGGACCUGCACCUCCUCCCGGUCACCAUGGAGCUUUCUGCCUCCAGCAGCUCCUGCUUCCUCACCGGCUCUCUCCUCCCAUCGCCGCCGCCCGGCGCGGCUCUCUCCCGGCCGGAGAAGCGGGAUCUCUCGGAGCAUUCCUCCCCGCCUCCGGACUCCGAGCUCCGGCGGGACCGUCCUCUGCAGCAGCGCCGCUCCAUCAGCUCUUCUUCUUUCCUCAUCCAGGACAUUCUGGCGGAGUCCCGGGCUCUUCCUGACCCGGUCCGGGUGUUGGACUGUAGAUCGGAUGGAGAUUAUUGGGAAAAAAGAAGCGAUUCUCCCGACAGCGACAACAAAGAGUCUGGACUAAAGUCAGAUGAAUGGUCCCGUCACGCUCCCUCUGAAGGUGGCGGCAGCUCGGAUUCGGUCGGGGUGCGCCUCAAGAAGCCCCGUAAAGCUCGGACGGCGUUCAGCGACCAGCAGCUGUCCAGGCUGGAGAGAAGCUUCCAGAAGCAGAAGUACCUGAGUGUCCAGGACCGGAUCGAGCUGGCAGCCUCCCUGCAGCUCAGUGACACCCAAGUGAAAACCUGGUACCAAAACCGGAGGACGAAGUGGAAGCGUCAGUCAGCUGCGGGUCUGGAGCUUUUGGCUUCAAACGACAAGAUGUUCCUGCCUGCACACUUCCAGUGUCCUCCUACCUCACCCAUCAUGGACUCCUACCUGUAUAGAAGCCCCGCCCACCACUACUGCCACCCCGCAGCCCUCCCUCUGCUGCCCCACAUCUUCACCCACAUGGACCCCCACUGACAGCAGCAUGACGGAGGGCUUUUUUUCUUCCCGAUUCCUCAGACAGACCUUUGGAUAUCUUUAGAGUCUCACGUUCAGAUUCUGAAAGUCAGGUGAAGGAUUCAAAGGUGGAGGACUGGAGAUGAGUCAGAGCUGAGGGUUUGAGUCCAACCAGACAUCCUGCAAGUAGAAAGAUUUUUAAAAAUUCCCCAAUUUGAUUCUUUCUUCAAAUUGAAAAAUGUAAACAUGUUUGGUUUCAAUCUCUUUGUUUGGUCUCGUUCUAGAUCUUUAUAAAUCAUCUUUCAUAUCUGUGGGAUGUUCUUUGCUAACAGGUUGUUUUGACUUGGUGCUGGUUCCACAUAAACUAGUGAUGCACUUGUCCUGCGUGGAGUUCAGUUUUUUUUUAUUCCAUUUCUUUAAAAAAAAAAAAAAAACAGAGGAUGUCUGAUUAGGUAUUUCAGUGACCUCCGUGUCCACAGGUGUAUAGAAUCAUGCAGGUAGGCAUAUGUGAAGGAAAACUACUGGAGACUGGACAUGGACUUUCCACACUACUCCAUGUUCUUGUCAGCUAGACGUGAAUGGAAGCAUCAACUCGUAUAAUAGUCUUCUGUAGAUACCCCUCAACCUUAAAGGGUAACCA